AUGGCAAAGCAGCGACUUUUAUUCCUCACCAAUUCCGAGCUCGGCCAGGCCAAUGUCCAUCUCGCGGUCCUCGAAUGGCUUCAAUCAUCCAAAGCCGACGUCGAGCUGCACAUUUGCUCAUUCAACCCUCUGCGGCUGGCCGUCGAGGCCCUCAACGAUGCAGCACAGGCGACUGGUGGACGCGAUGUUGCCUUUCACGAAUUGUCGGGCCCGACAUGGAAAGAAUGCCUCUUUAACCGUGCUGAGCAUCAGUGGCAAGAAACUACGGCCUUGGCACCGACAGUAUGGAAUGCGUCGCGCGCCGCGGUGCUGAUGCCCCGCGUGGUGGUGCCGUGGAACGCCGACGAGCUGCUCGACUUGACGCUGCAGGUCAGAGAUAUUGUUCAGUCGGUCGAGGCCAACCUACUCGUUGUGGAUAAUAUUUUGACUCCUGCAAUUACCGUUUGCUACAAUAUAAAGACGCCGUGGUGCGUCUUGUCGCCAAAUACCUACCGCGAGUUCAUUCUGGGCAGCCAGCCUCGAUACGAGUCAUUCUGGAAGCAUCCGCCGACCGCAUCUUUAAUACCCUAUCCUGUCCCAUUCUACAUGAUCCCCGCUGCCUUGUAUUACCAGCGAGAAUGGCGCAAGCAAGGCCUGAGUAGUUGGGUACACAACAAUGCGGUGCAUCUCUGGGAAAAGACGGACAAGGAGAUAUUAUAUGGAGACUGGGGUCGCCUGUCAUACGAUGUCCCCAAGGGCCUCAAAAUCUUCAUACCCAGCAACCCGACCGUCGACUUUCCGUUCUCCGAGAUACCAGAGCACAUUGUUUCUUGUGGACCAAUCGUGCGAUCGACAGCCGCCAUAGAGGAAGCCGAUCCCAAGUUGGCAGCAUGGUUACGGCGGCGGCCGACCGUCUACAUCAAUCUUGGAACGCACGUGGCGUAUCAGAAAGACACCAACAUGCACCUUGCGGGUGCCAUCAAGUGUCUGCUCGACGCUGCAACACAUCAGAAGCAGGAUCUACAAGUGCUGUGGAAGGUCAACCGGGGCAAGACUGAUCAGGAACCGGACCAUUCCGACUUGUACAAGGAGGCUGGAGUUGUCCAAGAUGACCAACGACUAUUGAUUGUGGAUUGGUUAUUGUCGGAGCCGACUUCAAUCUUAAAGUCAGGCUCCGUCGUAUGUUCAGUCAACCACGGUGGUGCAAACACUUACUUUGAAGCAGUCAGCGCCGGCGUUCCGCAAAUUGUCCUGCCAGUGUGGCUCGACACUUAUGAUUUCGCUCGACGAGUAGAGUAUUUUGGGAUUGGCAAGAUUGGCAACUAUCACCAUGCGCCGCAAUGCAGUAAAACUGAGCUGGCACCAAUUUUGGUAGAGGUCGUGCUUGGAAAAACCGCAAAGGCCAUGCGCCAAAAGGCAGCAGAAAUGGCAGCGGCAUGCAGCGCAAAUGGGCCUGGCUGCGAGAUUGCUGCAAGAGGUAUCCUAAAUUUGCUGGCAGAAAAUCAAGGGGAAUAG